UAUUUAUGAUUAUUGAAUUGACAUUCUUCAUUUCAGAUGUUACUAUCUGGUAGUCUGCCAGUCUGGAAGCUGCAUUUUGUGUACAGAAAGAAUCAGUUGAAAUAUAUUCUUCAAAGUAGGACCAUGAAGCAUUAUCAUGGUCGAAACAAUGUGACUAACAUUGUUCACAAAGUUCAGAGUAUUUUGGACUUUGGUUCUAAUUCUUCUUUUUGUAUGUGAUAUUUGAAUACUUCAGGUAACAAUUUAAAUGAUCAAUUUAUCCAAUUUUGCAGUUUGUAGACAUCAUGAUAGUUAAAGAUCAAGAAGUGCCAUUGUUUGAAGAUGCUGUAGGACAAUCAAGUUCAGAGAGGCAAGUGUGUCUUCUGUGUGGAGCUGUUAGCUUUGCCGAUCAAAGAAAAUUCUACCAGUCCCUGGAGCUAUUGGCUCUGAAAACCAAGUGUAGUGGCUCAUCCAUGCUCACCAUCUUGACUAAGAUUGUUGGUUCACAUCACCAGUACAAAAGUAAUGAUGCAGUUUGCAGCCAGUGCUAUAACAGUCUCAACCUGCUUGAUGAGCUCCACACUCAAGCUCAGCAGCUGCAAAGUCACCUUGUUUUAACUUACCGCAGCACUCGACGACGGCAAGAAGAACCUCCACUUGCAUGCUCAGAGGCGGUGAGGAGUCUGCUCAGCCAGUCCCAGCUGCUGCAGUCUGGCGUCACUAUUGAUGCAACACCAAGCUUGUCUCUGACAUACACCAAGUCACCGCCACCCAAGAGACGUCGUGUCGUGGCGCGCUCUGCCGAAGAAUUCUUACGUGAUGCUAACCACUGCUGUGACUACCUAUGCUCACAUGCUCCUGUAGAUUCUUCCUCAUCCAACUCAUCGUACCGGCAAUGGUUACCUCCUGAAUUUCCUGAAUAUAUUCCUUUGUCUAGCCACACAACUCCCUCCUUUAUGCGCUCUGAACAUAAUGACUGUUUGCCCACCAACAAAAGCUCCUCAGCUUGCAGCCAAGACACAAUACUAAAGUGUUCUGUAGGAGACCUCAGCCAGUCUCUCUUUGCGUCCAACCCAAGUACUCUUUUCAAUAUAAGAUCUAAUUUAUCAUAUUCUAGUGUUAAUUCAUCUUCUAAUCCCAACUACCGAUUAUUCAAACAACCUAAUUCAAGGGCCAAAGCUACAGAAAUCGGCCAAGAUAUCGAGCAAACUUUGCCGAAAGUUGUCGCCAAAUUCAUCACUCCAUCUCUGAAGAGCGUCAUCUCGUCGCCCCGCCGACUCGUCAAUGACGAGCGCCUGUCUCGUCUUGACGACAGUGUGCAGGUUGUGAGCAUCUCUCGAGACGUGGCGACUGGCCACGAACCUGACGAUGAUGACGUGAAGUCGACGAGUGACAGCAGUUGUGACGAAUCUAGUGUGCCUGCUGCUUCUGCCGCCUUUGGUGGUGUAUCUGCACCCGGUAGUGGCGAGGCUGGCAGCCUGGCGGCGGAAGUGACGCAGGCGGCCAUGUUACUGAGCAACCCUGAGGCCUCAUCGCUGCUGCAGUCCUUCCUCACGACGUCGCUGUGGAUGGCCACGCCUGCUGACGGCGAUAACAACGGUCACGUCACCAAAGAUGGCGCUGCCAAACCCCAUCAUCACACGCGCGCCAACUCCGAUGACGAAGAUGAUGAUACUGCCGUCACGGAGCUGAGCGAGGACGUGACGCGGGAGAGCCUCAACGCCGUAGCGGCUACGCUGACCAGAACUACGCGACGAGAGCUCAAGAACACAGGACAAAGCUACGUCAACACGCGCGGCAAGACGAUAGAGGCGAAGCACGUUGCGCCCCAGGACUGCUCCAAAUGCGUGCUGCGCUGCGGGGCGAAGCUGUCAGAAGCCGAUCGGCAGAGCAUCUUCGCCGAGUACUGGGGCCUCGCGGACUACGCGAAGCAGCGGGAGUAUCUCGCGCACCACAUGCACCGCGAGGAGAAGCUCGGCCCCAGCGGCCUCACGCGCACCGUCGUACUCUACUACCUCACGCACCACACCAAAGUUCAGGUGUGCCGGCAGUUCUUCCUGAAGACGCUGUGCGUGUCGGAGAAGGCGUCGCGCAUUGUGCUCGAAAAGAAAAUGCGCGGGGACUUCGGUGCGCCUGAGCCUCCGCCUCCUGCUUGGUUUACGGACUGA